AUGGCCUCUAUGAUGGUAAGUCUUCCUGCUACUCUCGCUGGACGCUCGACUUGUUGGUCAUAGUAUUUACAGGCUUUUCUACUGUUGUUGGUGGCUUUGUACUGCUCUGCAGCAACCGCAGAUCAUACUGCUGAAGGAAGGGACGGACACGUCCCAGGGGAAGGCGCAGGUUGUGAGCAACAUCAAUGCCUGCAUGGCGGUGGCGGAUGUGGUGCGGACGACGCUGGGACCCCGAGGGAUGGACAAGCUGAUCCACGACGACAAGGGCAACACAACCAUCUCAACGAUGGCGCUACUAUAAUGAAGCUUCUCGACAUCAUCCACCCAGGCGCUAAGAUCCUUGUCGACAUUGCCAAGUCCCAGGACGCCGAGGUGAGCUAGGGAAUGAACUCUCACGUAGUAACAAUAGGGAAAUAGAAAUAUUUCGUAGAAAUCAAGAUUACACGUCCGCAUAUUGUCUCUUCUUGGAGUUUCAUCUCGUAUGAUUCUUUCUGAAAGUGUAAUCUUUCCGAAGCUCAAGCCAAGUGCCCUUUCUCGCAUCCUCAGCUCCCGUUCAAAGAAUCGAUGGUCAAAGUAAUCAUAUUUAUUUAUGUCGUCGAGUCAAGUUGUUCAUCAGAAGUAACUGAAUUCUUCUUGAACAUUUCUGUACAUGGCCUCGUCAUCUGUAUUUCAGUGUUGGUCUUGUUCAUGUAACGUUUCUACUGCCAUUAUGUACAUUAAGGUUGUGGUCGGAGACGGUGCAUGGCAUAAUAGUAAGACUAGUGGUAGUCAGCCGCCCAUUAGGUAGUAGUAAGGUUUUGUUGGACAUCGCUGGUAUCUUUGUUGAUUUGCUUCCUCGAGGGUUUCGAUCAUUGUAUAUGCUUGCACCGUUGUCACAAGUGAAUAUUGUUUGGAGCCCAAAACUUUUAUUGGAUCUGAAUUUCACCUUUCGAUACCUACAAUUGCACGGUCAGUCGGAUCUUUGUUUCGCUGUCAAGUGGUGUGACUGAUCCUCUUGUGUGUAGAUCAGGCUUCCUGAUGGUGAUUGUAAUUUCUUUUCUAUGUACAAUAUUUGUUGGUAACCUUUCUUCCAGUCCACAUGGCCUCCUCUGCUUUCCAUUAAAUUAGGAUUUUCAUUUCAUGAAUUAUUAUUCAACUUCCUUGUUCCACUCUGUCAUAUUCAGAGGAUUUAUUAAUUAUGAGUUUGUAAUUUUUAAUUAUUUCUUUUCAGAAGGUUAUCUUUUUGCCAUUAUUAUUGCAACUGUGGAACUAGACAGAACGAUACACUGUACAAAACAUAGUGAAUAAGAGCAAGCAACAGAAAAAAUGCUACCUUAUAAUUGAAAAACUGUAUUAUUCCUGUCUUUAUCUGAUGUCCUUCACAAUGGUGAAACUAUUCGAGAAUUUUUUAUAUAAGAUAUCAUUUCGAUGAAAGUGUGCAUAUUGUUGCACUAUAUGGCUUGUCUCUCUUUAGAACCCAUCAAGUGCUGGCCCAUAAUUUUUUUCGUUGGUACGUCAAUUUCGAUUGUUGCUCAAGGUGAAUUCGGUAUGAAUGUUGAUAAGUUGAGGGAUGUCAAUGCAGAUACAAGGCAAUAUGAAUUUCUUGAUUACUGUAGAACCUUUUGGUUUGUUCUAUGAUCAUGUCCUAUUAUUAAGAGGACCGUUCGAAGUUUAUCUGUAAUAGCUUCAGCGAUCUUUUCAUAUUUUAUGACCCAUGAUCUUCUGUGCAUUUUUCUUAUUUAAAUUCUGGUUUAUUUCUGAAGAAAAAAAAACUAAUUUUCGGGUGGAAUAUUGUGUACCAUAACUUAGACAGCCCUUGUGCUGUUAGUUUCGAUGGGGUUACAUGGUUUAGUUCUUAAUUAAUAUAUGGUUAGAUGAGUCAUUACAGAUUUUUCUACAUGUGCUCCAAGUACGUUGGUUCUGUAGGAUGUGUUUUCUGUAGUUUCUAUGGAAGCAUCCACGCUGGAGAGUGGGACAGUGGGUGUACGCAUGUUGUACUUGUCCUACACUGAAAAGUCUUUGGUGGAAUCAUGGAGAAUAAUUAUAUUCCCCGAUUCUUCUUUGUAACUUCAACUGUUUCAGUGAGACUAGUCUAUUUGUGUGACAUCAAUGAUUGAAUAUACCAUUGUUCAACGCAGUCCAGUGCUGUUUUUCGUCUGAAUUGGGAAAAUAGUUGAUCUUUGUUUUAAUUUUAUUCAGAUGGAGUGUAUAUAUAGAUACUGAUUCGAUUUUAUUAGUUUCAUAACUCCAAGAUAUUUUCUCCAUCCAUUUUUUGAAGGCGUAAUAUCUACAUUUGAAUGGUAAAUCCCCGUUGCUGAUGGUUUCAUUUUAUUAUAUUUUAGGAAAUGGGAGGAAACGAGAGAUAUUAUUUGGCAUUUUGCGGCCUUUUUUUUACGAUGAUCGAUAUUGGCAGAUUGGCCCAUUUCUCAAUAGCUAUUUCAGGCUAUGUCUAACGCUGAGUAAUAUUUUGGUAAUAUAGAAUAGCUUCCAUUGUUGACGUCGAGGGUGAAAAAAAGUUAUUUGGAUUGAAUGGUUUUUGCUUUAUUCGCAUGUCAGUUCUAAGCCGCUUUAGCAAUUGGAUUGUUUAGAAUUCUUUUUAUGCAAUCUUCAAGAACCUUGGAGGGAUUCUCAGAUGUACACCGAAUUCUAAAUUCAACAAAAAGGGUGAAAAAAGACAGAUAUAUCACUUUCCAAUGAAGCUCACCGCUCACCUGAACUUUUGUGCUAGUUGAUCUGUGUUCUCUGGUUUUUCUCUAUCUGCCAGUCUGUCUCUCUAUCUCUUUGUCUCUCUGUGUUUCUGUCUCUCUCUCUCACUGUGAUACGUAGGGUUUUGCAAACUAGUGUUUUGCAUUCAUCUGAGCAGGUGAGUACCUCUGCAUUUUCUUUGAGGGCUUUGUCUUGUCUUUUAGUGUCCACCACUUCGGCCGACCCUGUAAGUGGUUUGUGUUUGACAGCAUACUUGUAGUGUUUUUACCUUCAUCUAGAUAAUGUUAUGUUAUUUACAACUUUCCCUGCAAACUUAGUUUUCAGCUUCCGUUCUAGAAUGUGUAGCUAUGUUGUCAUGGUUUCUACAUUUUUUAUAAUACGUUGUGGCCGAGUAGUCUCAUAUUUAUUUCUUGAACACUUCCACUGGCUUGUUUUUGUCAAUGCCUUGGUACCCUUGGAGUUGGUCUGAUGCAAUUCCUGUGGAAUCUUGGAUAUCGUUUUCUUCUAAAAAGAGUAUGCAUCUUCUCACUGUGGAGCAAGCCUUUUCUCUCUGUUUUCUUUUUCUUCCUUGUCAUGUGAUGUAACUAGUCGCCACUACCCCACUCUCCUCCGUCAACACGGUUGCCUUUAGGUUUGACAUCUCGGACAUGUGAGAUAGUUGAUUAAUAAUUUUUCUUACUAUAAGGUCUUGUCUGUCUUUAUAUAGUUGGGUCCUAACUGUUCUGAUGACUUUUUUUAAUCAAAGGAUCUGUUACACAUCUUUUCGUGCUACUGUAAAAAGUUAGUGUAAACAUAAAAUGUUCUCGUUGGGCAUGAUACUAAUCUUAGGUCGUGUUUUUUGCAGGUUGGUGACGGAACUACUACAGUAGUGCUCCUUGCAGGUGAGUUUUUGAAGGAGGCAAAGCCUUUCAUUGAAGAUGGAGUUCACCCUCAGAAUCUCAUACGCAGUUAUAGGACUGCGUGCAAUUUGGUCAGUAGUAUAGUGUUUAUGUUUUGGAGAGCUAUGCUUUAGUCAUGCAUUGGACCAUAAAUGUGCUAUAUUUUGGUGCAGGCAAUCAACAAAAUUAAAGAAGUAGCUGUAAGCAUAGAGGGUAAGAGCCUUGAAGAAAAGAAAAAGUUGCUGGCAAAGUGUGCUGCGACAACACUCUCUUCUAAACUUAUUGGAGGUGAAAAGGAGUUCUUUGCAACAAUGGUCGUUGAUGCAGUUGUUGCAAUUAGAAGUGAUGACAGGCUAAACUUAAUAGGCGUAAAAAAGGUUUGUUUUCAGCUUGCUUACUUGAAUUUUUUUUGCAUUCCGUUGAUUAAUUGUUGCAUGAAAAGGCAUGAACUAUUGCCUUUUUCCUAUGGCUAAUAUGAUCUUCCAAUUUCGUUGAUUUUGUUGUAAGCAUUGGAUAGUGUGUUGAUUCCUUUUAGUAGAUAGAGAAGGUGGAUGGUUUUUGCCAGUCUGGUAUUUAUUUGGGCACACAAUAUUCUGUAUUUCCGAGUUGAUACGUGCAUCAUAAUAUAUCAAUUUAUAUUUUCCUUAGAUAAAAUGACCUUGCCAGUAGAGAGGAAUCCAUGAAGUAUGAUGUCCAAGAAGACGUUAUCUGUGGAGCCAAUGUAGCGUACCCAAGGGGUAGGGACAAUUUAGCAGCCAUGUUGAGAUAUUUGUGCUUUCUGGUGUGGUCCGUCAUAGAGGUACAAAGACAUGAUGGAUCAUUGUGCAUGUCUUCUUUUGAUAUUUUCCUUUUUCUUGCUAGGGUGGAAUUUUGGGCAUCACAUUUGUUUUGGAUUAUGUGCUGCUGAUGUCCAUUUUUUUUUUUAAGACCUGCGUUGUACAAUCUUUCCCAAUUUGGAUGAAAAGCUUGGGAAGAGUUUUUUGGCUGUACACCAUCUAAUACUUUUUCGUUUCUAGGUUCCCGGGGGCACCAUGCGUGAUUCUUUCCUGGUAAAUGGUGUCGCGUUCAAAAAGACAUUCUCUUACGCUGGUUUUGAGCAGCAACCAAAGAAAUUUCAGAAUCCAAAGAUUCUAUUGUUGAAUAUUGAGUUGGAGUUGAAGUCGGAAAAAGAAAAUGCUGAAGUCAGGUUAGGUUGAUCCGUCUACUGUUUCGUGGUGACAUUGUAAAGCUUUUACACUAAUUGUUAUAUCUAUCUUUCUUCUGGCAGAUUAUCAGAUCCUGCACAAUAUCAAUCAGUCGUUGACGCUGAGUGGAAUAUCAUUUAUGACAAACUAGACAAGUGUGUUCAAAGCGGGGCGAAAAUUAUACUUUCUCGGUUGGCUAUUGGAGAUCUUGCUACUCAGGUAUAUUUCUUCCAUGUUAACUUCUGUCAUUUGUCCUUUUCGGGUUUCUGAAGUUUUGAUCUUUGUGCAGUACUUUGCGGAUCGGGAUAUGUUCUGUGCUGGCCGUGUAACAGAAGAAGAUCUGCAGCGUGUUGCAGCAGCCACUGGUGGAACUGUGCAGACAUCUGUGAACAAUAUUGUCGACGAGGUUCUUUUAUGCUUUCCUUUGAUAUAUCUUGACACUUUUGUGCUAGUGCUGUCAUGUCAGCAUCAUUACCCGGCGGGACUUGUGAAACAUCUUAUAGAGAACGCAUUUCUGAUGUGAUACGCUGCUUAUCCUUGGCAACGCUAUACACCCAUCCCAUCUAUCUCCCCAUCCUUUUAGUUUCACCAAUUUGAAUCCGAUCAUUGCUGUAGUUUUUUUUUUUUUUUUUUUUCGCUUUGUUCAUCAGCAGAGAGCGUGGGCUGGCUAUUUUCUCACGGUUUUUUUACAUUCGGAGCCAGUGAAAUUUCGCUGUAUGCGUUUGAGAUAUGAACCUUUAUUUGUCCUCACUUAUCCGCAUAUAUUUAUACCUAGAGUGCUUGUUACUGUUGAUAAAGAUAUAAUUAUAUCUUCAUCUUCAACCAGAAUUUGGAGGAACCGUGGAUAUUAAUGAUAGUCUGUGUUCUUAAUUAUUUUUAUCUUGGUUUCUUAAUAAGUUGCUGAUAGUUUCCAUCUAUGUUUUGCAUUUGGAAGGUUCUUGGAUCUUGUGACUUUUUUGAAGAAAGACAAGUGGGCAACGAAAGGUUUAACAUAUUUAGUGGUUGCCCUUCCGCUCAUACUGCCACCAUUGUUCUCCGUGGUGGAGCCGAUCAGGUUUGUCGCUUUGUUAUGUGCCAGCAGCUGAUUGCUCGUAGUUUGCCUCUUGAUGAGUAUGACUAAACUUUCAUGUUGUCCUUCAGUUCAUUGAGGAAGCUGAGCGCAGUUUACAUGAUGCUAUAAUGAUUGUGAGAAGAGCCCUAAAAAACUCCACUGUCGUUCCCGGUGGUGGUGCGAUAGAUGUAAGCCUUAUAUUUGAUCUGCUUGUCAUGAUCUGCUAGAAGGUUAAUUUUCAUGCAAAAUUCCUUUUUCUAAUUUGUUUUUCCUCCACAGAUGGAGAUCAGCAGAUAUCUCAGACAGCAUUCACGAACAAUUGCCGGGAAGUCUCAAUUGUUUAUUAAUUCUUAUGCUAAGGCGCUCGAGGUGGGGAAACUAGUAACCUUGUUGAUUGCUUUAUCAUAAGCAUACUUUGAUAUUAUUUCAUGUUGCCGAAAAUCUUCUUUGACAAACUUUAGUCCAAAGUCCAGAACAUAUGAUGCCCCAAUGAAACCACGUGAUAAAAGGAUCAUUUCUUUAGUCGGCCCUUCCCUCGUCUCGUUGCGGCCCCUGAGCCUUAGAAGAACAGGUGAAGCCUUUGUGCGGGAGAAGAUUGCUUUAGAUUCAUAGCUCGUGAAGGCUGACUUCCCACCCAAUUUGGUUUCUCUUACUUUUACCAAGAUGACGCGGUAGAUGUCCCCUUCAAUUGGUUUAUGAAAGAUAAUAGAAAGAAGUUGACAAUAUGCUGUUAUUUUGGUUGUCAGUUAGUAAGCAUGCGACCUUGUGGUUUUUGUCAAGCUAGAAUUUCGGGCAACUGAAACAGAUGCAUCUUCGCUUUCGUCGAUGCUUGGAUGCUCGCAAGUUCCUCAAGCUCACUUUUUAUUUUAUCCAUAUUUUUGCAGAUAAUUCCUCGGCAGCUUUGUGACAAUGCCGGAUUUGAUGCAACCGAUGUGCUGAACAAGCUCCGUCAGAAGCAUGCAUCUGGUUAGCCCGCUUUCCUUCAAUGCGCAUAUUGUUCCCGGUAGUUGAUCGGCUCCUUCCUUGGUCAUAUGAAGAUCAUUACGGCCGGUGAUGCAGGCGAAGGAGCAUACUACGGCGUGGACAUCAACACUGGUGGAAUUGCAGAUUCCUUUGCAAACUUCGUGUGGGAGCCUUCUGUGGUGAAGGUACCCACCCACCCUCGAGAGGCAUCGUCAACACGAUCGAUGUUCAUCAGCUCGUUUCCUGGGUUUUCUGUGGUAUUCCUUUUUUUUUGUGCCGAUUCUCUGUGUGUUCUUGCUCCUGCAGAUUAAUGCCAUAAACGCCGCAACUGAGGCUGCUUGCCUCAUUCUCAGCGUGGACGAGACAAUCAAAAAUCCCAAGGUAAAGUCAACUCCUUUUUUCCCUUUUUUUAUUGCACUUUUCUUAAAGCCACGAUCUUAGAUACUCUGGAUCAGCACUCGCUCCUUUGCUUUAGGACGGGAGUUCGAGUUUGACUCUCCCGUUGACUUCACCCGGUUUUGACUACCAUCCUUAAAAGUUGGGAUUGUUUUGACAAAAAAAGGACAGAAUCAUACAAUGUACGGGCAUUUUCUGACGGUCUUCUUGAAUAUGGCCUGGCAGUCUGAGAGCGCCCAGGGGGAGGCGGCGGCCAGUGCGAUGGCGGGCCGAGGACGCGGCGGAGGUGGCUUCCGCGGCCGCGGAGGGAGGGGCAUGAGACGGCGGUGA